CUGGGGGCCUGGCUGGGGGCGGGGAAGGAGUGGGACCCAGCCAGAGUGUGGCGAGGUUCUGGACUGAAACUGGAAUGCCACAAGGGUGUGGGAGUGUGUGUGUGUGUGUGUGUGUGUGUGUGUGUGUGUGUGGUAUCUAGGGGAGUGGUCACAGCCGAAGCCACAGGGCCUUGCUUUGGAAAUCCAGGAGGGAAGCCCAGAAGCAUCUCUCUGUCUCAGGGGCUCACAGUCCUGAAGUGGGGAGGCAGGAAUCUCCUGGGCUGAUGAUUCCCCCAAACAGCCGUCUCGAUAGGCUGCUGCUCUGGGUGAAGUGGGGCACUGGGACUUCAUGAGGUCAGUGCCCCUUGGCUGGCCCAAUCUCGGCCUCACAGGUGGCUGGAGUGGCAACCUUGUUUAGAGUCACUCUGUCACUCUCAGGAGGGACUUUACCAAGGUAAAGCAAGUUUAAUCUUUUCCUCUUUUUCUUUUUUUUUUAAACCACUUUACAAGAUAUGCUAGACAUAAAAAAAGCUGGAUUCUGGAGCUCCCAGAAGGUAUUUUCAUCCGUGGAUUAAAAAAAAAUUAUUUAUUUUUUCAUGAGAGAGAGGCAGAGACAUAGGCAAGAGGGAGAAGCACGCUCCCUGCGGGGAUCCCUAUGCAGGACUCGAUCCCAGGACCCUGGGAUCACAACCUGAGGCGAAGGCAGACACUCAACCACUGAGCCACCCAGGUGCCCCCUGUGGAUAUUUGUUAAAUCAGUAUUUCUGCACAGGUAAGAGGGCUGGGACCUCCUGUUCCAUCACCCUGCUCUCCUUUGGAGGCACAUCCAAACCCCCACUAGAGCUGGCAAUCCCUAGCGCCCUGGGUCUAUCCUGCCCCAGCCGUGUGACUUUGAAGAAGUUACUUAAGCCCUGGGCCUCAGUUUCCUCAUCUGUAAAAUGGGGAUAAUAUCUACCUCCCAGAAUUGUUGUCAGGAUUGCAUGAGGAAGGGAUGCGACAUGCCAAGCACAUAAUUACUGUUCAAUAAAUGGUCGCUGUUAUAAUUAUUUAUUACUAGCUCGACACUGGUCCCACCUCACCUAGAAAGACUUUCCAGCCCUCCUCUCCCACCAUUUCCUAAAGCACCAGUGGGGUUGCCUUUUGGCAUAGAACGUCUCAUGUUGUAUUUGAGCUAGAGUGCACCCAAACUAGAGCAUGGUCCUUGCAUUUCUUCUGUUGCCUUCACCCUGGCCCCAGCACCCAAGACAGAGGCAUGCCCAGGAGAAGAACUCAAGGAGCAAGAAUGAGUGGAAUCAAAAAAGAGAGGGAGUGGGCAGGGAAAGACUGAGAAAGAGAGUUAUACAUAUCCACUACUCUAAAGUUUCAUGAAGGACUUUCUUGAACCUGCUUAUCUUCAAUGCCAAAGGCUUCGAUCCCAGUGACUUUCGCCAUUUCCAACAUAUCAGACACAUCCUCGAAGGAUGAAAAUCUGCCUUUGCCAAGGUUAAGCAGGAGGUUCUCUCUCACUGCCUCAGGCAGUGCAAUAAGAAUCUGAAGAAUGAGUGAGCUGUGGCAGGCGGAGGUACGAGCCCACAGCUCCCUGCCGUGACUACACAGAGAGCCAGCAGGCAUUUGGAUGUAGUGGCCAUGUCCGAAGGAGAGAGCAAAGACAGCUCGGGCAGCGAGUGCCCCGUGUGCUACGAGAAGUUCCGCGACCUGGAGGGCGCCAGCCGCACGCUGAGCUGCGGCCACGUGUUUUGCCACGACUGCCUGGUCAAGUACCUGCUCUCCACCCGCGUGGACGGCCAGGUCCAGAGGACCAUCGUCUGCCCCAUCUGCCGCUACGUCACCUUCCUCAGCAAGAAGAGCUCCCGCUGGCCCUCGGUGCUGGACCGGAGCUCGCAGACCCUGGCCGUGCCCAUGGGCCUGCCCGACGCCCUGGGCCACACGAACCCCCAGGUGUGGAGGCCGGCCCCCAGCCAGGGCGCCCAGCCCCCCUCAGACCCGCCACCUGGCCUGGUCCGGGAGCCCCAGGUCUUUGUCAUCAGCCGCCACGGGAUGCCCCUGGGGGAGCAGGACAGCGUGCUGCCCCGCCGCAGCCUGGCCGAGCUGUCUGAGGCGUCACCGGCCCCCAGCGCAGGCCGGGCCUUCUGCUGCCGCUCGCGGGCCCUGCUGCUCAUCACACUCGUCGCCGUGGUGGCUGUGGUGGCCGCCAUCCUGCCCUGGGUGCUGCUGAUUGCAGAGACAUCACCGAUGCACGUGCAAAGCGCUGAGCUUGGAUUUUCCGGAUAAUCCACAUUAGAUGAAAGAGCUCAGAAAAGACUAAUGCAAAUGGAUCUUAAGCAUCUAGUCGGUGACACUUGUGAAAGACAUGCAAAUUAAAACUUCUACAGGUGUCCCAACUUUCACCUGUUAGCCUGUCAAACCCUGAAGGACUCAUAACCCACUCUGCCGCCAAAGGAAGGAAAGCAGGUUCGGUGGUGGGAUGUAUAUGGGUAAAACCCCUGGGAAGGGAAAUUUGACAUUAGCUAUCAACAUUUCCACCUUUUGACCCAGAAAGUCCUAUCCUAGAAAGUUGAUCCUCUAGAUCAACUUGUGGAUAUUGCCACAGAAUAUCUCCAAGAUACGGUGGCCAGUGGGAAAAACACAGUGUGGAACAUUGUGGAAGGGUGGGGGGAGUAAGAAUUCACAUUCCUAUGUGUGCUUUUUAAAAAAUAUUAUUUAUCUAUUCAUGAGAGACACAGAGAAAGAGGCAGAGACACAGGCAAAGGGAGAAGCAAGAUCCCUGUGAGGAGCCCGAUGUGGGACUCAAUCCCAGGACCCCAGGAUCACAACCUGAGCCAAAGACAGAUGCUCAACCCCUGAGCCACCCAGGUGCCCCUCACAUUCCUAUGUGCUUAUUUAUGCAUCAAGAAAUUGAGAAGAUCGCACAAAAAAACUAGUCAUGGUGAUUAACUGUGCAAGGGGAUGAUAACUGAUGGGACAGGAUGGGGGUGAUUUUUCCUUCCCUUUGAUACUUUUUAAAAAAAUUCUUUGGAGAAAAAAAAUUCUUUGGAGAGUGAGAGAGAACAUGAGCAGGGGGAGAGGCAGAGAGGGAGAAGCAGAUGGUCCACCGAGCAGGGAGCCAGAUGCAGGUCUUGAUCCCAGGACGCUGAGACCAUGAUCUGAGCUGAGGCAGAUGCCUAACCCACUGAGCCACCCAGGCACCCCCGCUUUGAUACUUUCUGAAACAAGCAAAGGUACUACUUAUUCAAAAAUUAAAUUGAAAAAUGCUAUCCGAUGCUAGGGAUAUUUUCAGCAUCCACACUUGUUGCUCCGUGAGGUGCUGGCCCCAAGAACAUUCAAGAACUGCCCCUGAACUGAACCUGUCCUGCAGCUCAAGAGUGUCAGCUACCGACCAGUUUGGCAGGGCUGGUUUGUCUGGUUAGAGGUGUGACAUCUCCUGCUUAACAGGAAGGAAGGUAAAAAAAAAAAAAGCUUCAUAUUUGACUCAGUGUUUCUCAGUUCCUAUGGACAUCUUUGGGCCGGAUCAUUUAAUGUGCCCUUUUGGAUUUUUCUCUGCCUUCUUUUCCUUUGUCAAGUAUAAGCUUUUGCUUUACGCAACCACCCUGAGGUCAGGACACUCCAGAAAGAUGCCAUUAGAUAAAUAGAUAGACGGGUGGAUGAAUGCCUGGUAUUACGCACACACACUUUGCUACCUCCUCUCACAAUAAUCUUUAAUUUAAUUUUUUUAAGAUUUUAUUUAUUCAUUGGUAAAUUGAACACCAAUAAAAAAUAAAUUUAAAAAAAGAUUUUAUUUAUUCAUGAGAGACACACAGAGAGAGGCAGAGGGAGAAAUAGGCUCCCUGUGGGGAGCCCGAUGCGGGACUCGAUCCCAGGAUCCCUGGAUUAUGCCCUGAGCCGAUGGCAGAUGCUCAACCGCUGAGCCACCCAUGCGUCCCUAACCUUUACUUUUAAUACGUACUUGCACAGUAUAAGCUUACAGAGCUAAAUGUAAGGAUCCAUACAUUUCUGGUGAGCCCUGGGCCAGGGUUCCCAGGACUCUCUGUGCCCUUCAGAUACCAUCCCAUGACCUCCACCCUCAGCAAAGCCUGCAAUGACUCAGACAGCCCUGUGAGUCUCUUCACUUCUCCCUUUGACACCCUCAUCAGUCCAGAUGUCCUUUUUUUGGGGGAGGGGGCAGAAUAACCUGGCCUCAUCCUCACAACUUCCCUCAUCCUCCUCUUACCUGGUACAAACUGAUUCGCAACACAAACUAUUUGUAGAUCCAACAAGUUCUGUUGGUGUAGGACUCGAGGCCUUUGCUCGGGUGGCUCCCUCUACCUGGAAUAUAUUUCCCCUCUUGUCUACCUGAAAAACUCUCACCUAGCUUUCCAGAAACAGUUUAAGGGUUUGCCUGUAAAAAUUUCACCACAUCCAACUUCAGUUAGAAUUGGCUGCAUCCUGGGGCACCUGGGUGGCUCAGUGGUUGAGCACCUGCCUUCAGCUCAGGGUGUGAUCCCUGGGGUCCUGGGAUUGAGUCCCACAUUACGCUCCCUGCAGGAAGCCUGCUUCUCCCUCUGUCUCUCUCUGUGUGCCUCUCAUGAAUGAAUGAAUGAAUGAAUGAAUGAAUAGAUAAAUAAAUAAUUUUUAAUAUAAAAAAAAUGGACUGCAUCCCGUCAUCUUCCCAGGGAUGCUCUGUUAUGCCCAUUUGUUGACAGGGCCAUUUCUUCCUUCUAGACACCGUGCCCCUUCAAGGAAGGCUAGAUCUCACUGGUCUUUGUAUCUUAUUGGUCUUUGUAUAUGAAGCUUGCAUGGCAUAGGAUUUGGUAAAGAGUAAGAGUUGGAGAGAUCUUUGAAGAAUGCAUGAGUGAAGGCAGGCAAGCAGGGAGAAAGGAAGGAAGAAAUGGGAUGGUUUGGUGUCUAGAAAAAAAAAAGUUUAGUCCAAGGGAUGUAGAUGUAGAAUCUGAAUAGCCAGUUUGUCUUAGGGCUUUGCAAAGACCAGCCUCGAAACAACCUGACAGAGUCCAUUUAAAAGCCACCAUCGUUACCUGGGUGGCUCAGUGGGUUAAACGUCUGCCUUCGGCUCAGGUCAUGAUCCCGGUGUCCCAGGAGGGAGUCCCGCAUUGGGCUCCCUGCUCAGCGGGGAGCCUGCUUCUCCCUCUCCCCCUGCUUGUGCUCUCUCUCUCUUUCUAAUAAACAAAUAAAAUCUUUAAAAAAUUAAAUAAAAGGACCUUUGUCAAAUCAUGUAAGAGACAUGUAAGGAAGUGGAGGGGCAGCCAGGCUAGGUGGCCAGAGGAUCAUGCAGGGCUGAUCCAAGACAUUUAUGCAGGUAAACAGACUUCACAACAAGGACACCAGUAAUUUGCAUCUGUGCAUGCAAUUUGUACCCUGGCAAUCUUCGCACCGCACAAAGUGGCUGUGCUGUCCAAAUGGUGGCCUGAAGGUUUAAUUUCAAUGACUCAGUGUUGCAUGGGGAGAGGGAGCUAAGGAGGCCUCCAGAGGGAAGGGCAACAGCAGAGAAUGAUGAGGAUGAUGAGAGAACAGAGAGGGCCUUUGUGGGAAGAGAGGAAGAGGCUAGGGGAGACCCGAAGAAGUGGAGGUGAAUGGGCAACCAGCUGGCUCCAUCAAAAGAGCAUGCAAUGCUUGAUCUUGGGGUUGUGAGUUCGAGUCCCACAUUGGGCAUAGAGAUUACUUAAAUAAAUAACACUUAAAAAGGAAGAAAGAAAAGAGGGGGUUAGGGAAUCUAAUAAGAACAAAAAGGGAGAGGAUGAGUCUGUGAAGACCAGAGAGGAAGACAAGGUAGGAAGGCAGGUGCCUUGAGCAUCUCCCUGUAACUUUCAGCUGCCAAAUGAAAUUCAGAUCAGGUGGGAGCCUCAUGGGCUUUUCUCUGAAGGCUGCUCACUCCAGCCACAAGGACCUAGCUCCGGGAGACAACACGUCAUGCUGCUUCACAGCUCCAAGCCUUCCUGAGAGCUACUCCUACUGCCUCAUGAAGCUAACUUUAACAUUCUUCAAAACUCAGCCAAGAGUAAUCUCACCCCAGAAGUCUUCCCUGACCCCAGAAUGCUCUCCUAUUCCUGAAGCACAGAACUAGUAAAAGCGGGGCGCCUGGGUGGCUCAGUCCAUUAAGCAGCCACUUCUCCAUUUCGGCCCAGGUCAUGAGCUCAGGGUCAUAAUGUCAGGAUGAUGAGAACCAGCCCAGCAAUGGGCUUAGCAUGGAACCUGCUUAAGAUUCUCUUCCUCUCUCUCCCCCUGUGCUCUCUCUCUUUCAAAAAGAAGAAAAAAAGCCCACCAAGGGCAGCCAGCUCAUAAAGCACUUUUCCUGGGGUCCCAUGAAUGCUAGUUUCACUGCUUAUCUCUCCUUUUAGACAAUGAGCUUCCUGCAAGCAGAAGCUCUAACUAAUUUCAUUUUUUAAGUCCAGUGUCCAGUUUAGGGAUGGAAUGCAAAAGAUGCUCCAUAAACAUUUGUUGGAAAGAAUUGCAGAGGCGCCUGGCUGGCUCAGUCCUGGAGCAUAUGGCUCUUGAUCUUGGCAUGGUGAGUUUGAACCCCAUGUUGGGUGUAGAGUUUACAUUUUAAAAAAUUUAAAAAAAAAAGAAUUGCAAUAGAGGUAGUCUCACUGAAUUUUUCAAUUAAGAAUAAAAUCUGGGGCUGUUGACAGUAUAUUUAAAACACAACUUUUUUAAAUCAUGAAAACCCUGUGUUCUUUACUGACUUAACUCUGGCUCCUCAAAGACAUGUUUCCUCACUCUUUUUUUUUAUUUUAUUUAUUUAUUCAUGAGAGACACACAGAGAGACAGAGACACAGGCAGAGGGAGAAGCAGGCUCCCUGCGGGGACCCCGAUGUGGGACUCCAUCCCGGGACUCCAGGAUCACGCCCUGGGCCGAAGGCAGGUGCUAAACCACUGAGCCACCCAGGCAUCCCCAAGUUCCUUACUCUUUGACUUGACCUAAUGGAGUCCUAGAAAUUGGGAUCGAAUCAGGAAGGGACUGGAAAGAGCUUACAUGGGUUCAUCUAUAACCUAUGGGUUCAACUUAAUUGGUACAAGUUCCUCUCACUUCUCUGUGACUCAAUGAUCCCAUCUGUACAGUGGGAACGAUAAUACUGUACCAGCAUCACAAGGUUAUUUGGUGGAUUAAAGGAGUUAAAAGAGAUGCUAGGGUGGCUCGGGGGUUGAGUGUCUGCCUUUGGCCCAUUGUGAUCCCGGGGGGAUCCUGGGAUCCAGCCCCGCAUCUGGCCUGUGAGGAGCCUGUGAGGAGCCUGCUUCUCCCUCCGUCUAUGUCUGCCUCUCUCUCUUU